AUGGCUAUACCAGCAACUGUUGCAACCACCGGCCACCUACACGUACUACUGAAUCCUGUUGAUACUUCACAGGGUAGCGUCGACAUUGUCCUUGUUCCUGGUAUUGGAACUACUCUUCCUGAGCAAUGGCCAUUUGCUAGCCAAGAAUGGCUCACAACAUUACCUGGCUCCGGCGCUGGAAUACGCAUCCUCGCAUAUGAAUAUAAUUCACUAUUAUUAGGCAAUAAGCCUCCAUGGGAAUCAUUUUUGAUGCAAGGAUAUGAUCUUCUGCAACAUAUAAGUGACCUGCGCUCGAAGAAUAGCCCGGACUCGCCAAUGUUGAUAGUUUGCCACAGCUUAGGUGGUAUUAUCGUAAAGCAAGCGUUGUGCGUCGCAAACAAACAGUUCCUUCGAUAUGGAUCCAUUGUCAAUACUAUUGCCGGUGUCAUUUUCUUAGGCACUCCACAUAGAUAUAGUGAUAGAGCCACGAAUUUAAUACGUUUUCAAGACAUCUUAGAGGCAACGGCGGGUAGGAGCCUGAAAGUACACAGCUCAGGUACUGAGCAAGAAGACGCUAUCCUACUCAACCUUGCGGACAGAUUUGAGGGAAUAUCAUUCCGUGCUCCUGUGUUGUCUGUGUAUGAGCUGAGGGAAUCAAAAAGCAGCAUAACACCGUUGCGCCAGAAACACCAUCAAGUAGUUAAGUGUUUAGAGGAGUACCAACAUGCAACAAUGAGUGCUUAUUCUCCCACAAUGAGUGAAUUACCACUUAAGGUUGAACAAAUGGAACUCACCGAAUGGCCUUCAAAUAAAACAACAAACGGAACAUCCCUUUCAGGGUUCGAGUUUGUAUAUCCUGCUACAUCAAAAACUGAGAUUCGGAAACCCCUUAACUUACCAUGCUUCCUCCUUAACGCCCAUUCUGAAAAUGAAGAUUUCUGCGGCCGCGAAGAUAUAUUGGAACAGCUUGCUGCCGAGCUCUUGCCUUCAAAGAAUAUAGUGAUACAAUCUGGUACUGCUCUACGGCAAUUUGCACUUUGUGGAUUCGGAGGUAUUGGGAAAACGGAAAUAGCUCGCGAAUUCUGCCGACGCCACAAGUCCUCCUUUGAUGCAGUAUUCUGGGUCGUAGCGGAUGAGAUUGCCAAACUUGACCACCACUAUCAGCAGAUUUCAUUAGCGCUGGGGCUUGAAGACUCGUCAGAUUGCAAGAGUCAGGUUGUUAGUAGGGAAAUUGUCAAAGGAUGGCUCUCUAAUCCCCAAAAGUGCUUAUCAGGUUCUGACGAAAUAGCCCAGCCAGAUCAAUCUAGACCGGAAGCUAUAUGGCUACUCAUAUUUGAUAAUGCGGACGACCCAAUGACCCUUACAGACUACUGGCCCCAGGGUAGUGGGUCGAUUCUUGUUACUAGUCGUGAUCCACUAGCAAAAAAUAUGUUCACGCGAAGACCUUCGGGAUUAGAUCUAGGGCCACUUUCUCAGAAAGACAGCCUAUGCCUCUUCAACCAUCUAACUACUACCGCGGCUAUCUCCCAAAUGGCGGGUAUAAUCCGUCGACAGGAUCUCACUUUAUCUGAGUUUUUCGAAUUAUAUACAGAUCAUGAAGAACAGAGUAGCCUUUAUGAGAUAAAGUUUGAUGCAAACAUGGCUACAUACAAGCACUCUUUAUCUACAGUGUGGGCAUUCGAGAAACUGAACUCUCAAGCUCGACAGCUGUUAGAGUUGAUUUCAUUCCUCGAUCCAGAUAUCAUUGGAGAAGACCUUCUCAUGGAAGCGUCGAUGGAAGCCAUUUCCAAGGGUACACAGUUUAGGAAGAGUAGCUUUAUCGAAGCUCGUACCGAACUUUUGCAGUCAUCUCUAAUUCAAAGAGAUAAGCAAAAGCAACAAUUAUCAGUCCAUCGAAUAGUACAGGAUGUAAUAUUGGCAACAAUGGAUAUGGCAAAAAAGCGGUUGAUGUUCGAUAAAGUCGUACGAAUACUUUGGGCGAACUGGCCCUCUGCUAUGCCUAAACCAUCAAAAGCGCCAGAGUUACCCCAGCCCAAAUCAACGGACGGCAGAUUAUAUGUUGGAAGGUGGCCUGCCUGUGCAGCCAUAUAUCCCCAUGUUUUGAGAAUACAUCAACUCUGGCCGUCUAUUUCGGAUCCUUCAGAGGCCACAAGUUUGCUUUUUGCGAAGUUAUUGAAUGAUGCCGCAUGGUAUCAAAAAGAGCGUGGAAGAACAAAGCAAUUUGACGGUUUCUUCACAACCGCCCGUAGUAUUUGCGAGUCCUCAACGCAUGCGGAUCGUGAUUCUCUUCUUGCAGACAUCCACUUCUGCCUAGGAGCUAUCGCCAUGGACUCGAGUGAUUUUGAUGCCAGCCGGAUUCACAAGGAGAUUUCUCUCGAUUUAGUGUGCAGAAUCUGCAGAGAAUUGGGCACUUCUGAUGAGAGAUUAUACCUUGCCUAUGCGGAGCGAGGUAUCUCACGAACUCAGGACAAGCGGUAUGAGGAGGGUGAAGUGGAUAUCAAAGAGGCAUUAAGGGUGCGCAAAGCCCUCGGCAACUAUAUUCCACGCUCAGGGGAGGCUAAUCUGAGCUGGGCUCUUCUUGCUCAAGACAGCUUGGCAGGCAGAGAAAAAGCGUUGGGUAAGGACGAUAGAGAAUCCGUCCGAACGGGACUGAUUCUUUAUGCCCUUGGAAAUCUCCGUGCAACGCAAAACCAAUGGGACGCGAGUUUUGAAUAUCACCAGAGAGCAUUUCGUCAUAUGCACGCGACAGUGGGAGAGAGAGAUUUCUACACUGCAAAUAUCACACACAAGCUUGCCGAACACCUUGUCCGCCUAGGUCGGAAUGAGGAGGCUAUUACUAUGGUUAAUGCAGCACUGGACAUCUGGUCUAUUGAUCCGAGUGCGCACAAGAAUGAGAUAGCUCGCACUACUUUCCUCAAAGGCAAAAUAUCCGAGGCGACAGGGAGGGCGCAAAAGGCUGCAGUCGCUCUUAGGGUUGCCUGCCGGUUGAGGAAGGAAAUCACAAAGGAGGAUCAAGAUGUGAAGAGCUUAACAAUGAAAGACUUUGAUGAGGUUGUUGCUUUCUGGGCUCGUUGA